GCUACCUGAAACAAAUAUGGCGUAGCAGUGUUAGUUUUCGAAGUUCCUUAAUAUUAUUGGAAUAAUUACUGUUUCUUCUAAUAUCUUUCAAAAUGGCAGCAUCAUUGAAAGGAUUAGACCCAGAUCUAAGAAAGUAUUUGAGGAUCAAUAAGCUACCAGAUAUAUAUGAGGCACUCCUGACGGGCUUAGCAGUGAUGUGUCCAGAGGAUCCGCUACAGUUUAUUCUGGACAAGCUCCGACUCAUCAAAGUAGUCGGACUAGAAAACCUGCAGUGGGAUAUGUUUGUUGAGGAAGAUGAGAAACCAAAGAUGAGGUUAUUCUCUGAAAGCAAUCUGGACUUCUUAUUCAACUUUGAUGAGUUCCUGUUGCCAAGUCCCGAGAUGUAUGCUGUAGCCUACGGCCACUACAACACACACCUCAAGAGAAUGUGCUACAGUGGCUGGAUGCAGUAUCAUCUACGUGAACAGAAAAAGAAGGAGAAAAUAAUGAAGAAGUUGAAUAUGGCAGCUCGACAUCAUUCCCAUCGCAUGUUGCGUGUACACCUCAACAUAUGGCGGGAAUGGAUCAAGUACAGAAAGGGACGCCAGGCCAUGUCCUACCAGAAGUUGCAGCAUGUCAGCCACGUGGCGGUCGGACGGGUCAUCUUCCAGGCCUGGCAUCACCACACCCUGGAUGCCAAGAAACAGAGAGAGUACUUCGAGAUAAACCUAAGGCGGCUGGAGCGAGGGGAAAACAUGGAUGACGAUGACCUCUUCGGCCAGGGUACAGGGGAGGCGAGAGACAGCAUCUCUACACUGCCGCGCAAAGUGGCGGUCAAGAUAUUUGGAUACCUGGAUGUUGCCGACAUCGCCAACUGUGCCUGUGUGUGUCGGUCCUGGAAGGUCCUAACUCAAGCCAGCGCCCUCUGGAGUAGGCUUGAUUUCUACAGAGUAAGGAAAAGACUGAAGAAUGGGAAUGACAGUGUAACAGACAAAGUGUCGACACGCCUCCUGUUCAAGUCCCGCCCCUACCUGAUCCAUCUGAACCUACGGGGGUGCCAGCAUCUCACCAAACCCACCUUCAUCACCGUCAGCGAGUGUCGCAACAUACAGGACCUCAAUCUGUCAGAGUGUAAUGGACUAGACGAUGAGACUCUCAAGUUGGUAACCAAGGGCUGCCGCAUCCUGCUGUAUCUGAACAUCUCCCACACCAACCUGACAGAUGCCUCACUGCGGGCAAUAGCCAAGAACUGCAACUACCUCCAGUACCUCAGCCUGGCCUUCUGUGUGAAGUUCUCCGACCGAGGUCUGCUGUACCUGGCCUCCGGGAAGUGCAGCAAGAAAUUGGAGUACCUCGACCUCUCGGGAUGUCUGCAGAUAACACCCCAAGGCUUCAAGAACCUGUCCAACGGCUGCAACAACCUCCAGACGAUAGUUCUCAACGAGUUCCCCACACUCAAUGAUGAAUGUGUCAUUGCACUUGCUGAGAAUUGUACCAAGAUCCACACAGUGUCCUUCCUCGGCUCCCCACUGCUCACUGAUGAAGCAUUCAAGAAACUGGCUCAGUCCAAGAGGCUCAAGAUGAUAAAGGUUGAAGGCAACAACCGCAUCUCGGACGUCAGUCUGAAGGCCAUCGGGAAGAACUGUGUGGGCCUGGAGCACCUCUACAUGACUGACUGCCAGCGCAUCACCGACGUCUCCAUGAAGGCACUACAGAACUGCAGGAACCUCACUGUUGUCAACAUCGCCGACUGUGUCAGGAUCACCGACACGGGGGUGAGGCAUCUAGUGGAGGGGUCGUGUGCCCCCAAGCUGCGGGAGCUGAACCUCACCAACUGCAUCAGGGUGGGCGACAUGGCCAUGGUCAACCUACAUAAGAGGUGUCACAGCAUGACAUACCUGAGUGUGUGUUUCUGCGAGCACAUCAGCGAGGCUGGCAUCGAGUUGCUGGGACAGACACACAGCCUCAUCUCACUCGACCUCUCCGGCUGCAACUGUGCUGACCAGGGCUUAUCGGCUCUGGGGAACAACACCCGGCUCCAGGACGUCACGCUGUCCGAGUGUAUGGGCAUCACUGACCUCGGACUGCAGAAGUUUGCCCAGCAGUGCAAGGAGGUGCAGAGACUUGACCUGUCACACUGUAUGCAAAUAACAGAUGGAGCCAUCAAGAACCUUGCUUUCUGUUGUCGCAUGUUGACAGUGCUCAACCUGGCUGGAUGCAAACUGGUGACGGACCUGAGUCUGCAGUAUCUGUCUGGUGUGUGUCACUAUCUGGCGGAGCUGGACAUCAGCGGCUGUUUCCUCAUCAGCGACAAGGCCAUCAAGUAUCUGAGGAAGGGGUGCAAGAGGCUGCAGGUUCUCAGGAUGCUGUACUGCAAGGGAAUCUCUAAACAUGCAGCUCAGAAGAUGAUGAAGCACAUAGACAAGGUGCUGUACAGCUCAGAUGAGGUGCCAGCGUUCUUUGGCUACUGAGCUGCAGGCUGGAGCAGGGCUUCACCGGAGUAGGAUCCGCUCUACCAUGGAGGCAUGAGAUGAUCUGGCCUAGAACUGACCUAAACCAGGUUGAGUUGGAGCAGGGGUAGCAGUACAGCCCUUUAACCUGCAAGAAGUGUGCUUUGUCUUGUUCUUCCUCUAGAUCUCACUGAUGAGAGUGGCCAAGAUCUUUCUUCUGCUCCGUAGUAUAUGGUAUCUGAUGUCUAAUGGAUAUUUUAUCAGAUGUCUGUUGUCAGAUGUCUGAUGUCUGGUGUUAGAUUUCUGUUAUCAGAUGUCUGAUGUGAUGAUUGAAGUCUGUGUCAGAUGUCUGUUGUCAGAUGUCUGAUGUCAGAUGUCUGAUGUCUGGUGUUAGAUCUCUGUUAUCAGAUGUCUGGUUUGAUGAUUGAAGUCUGUGUCAGAUGUCUGAUGUCUGUUGUCAGAUGUCUGAUGUCUGUUGUUAGAUGUCUGUUGUCAGAUGUCUGGUGUUAGAUUUCUGUUAUCAGAUGUCUGAUGUCUGUUUUCAGAUGUCUGUUAUCAGAUGUCUGUUGUCAGAUGUCUGAUGUUAGAUUUCUGUUAUCAAAUGUCUGAUGUCUGUUGUCAGAUGUCUGUUGUCAGAUGUUUGAUGUCUGGUGUUGGAUUUCUGUUAUCAGAUGUCUGAUGUGAUGAUUGAAGUCUGUGUCAGAUGUCUGUUGUCUGAGUACAACUAUUUAUCGUACUUGGAUGAAAACCUGUAAUCUGUGAUAAGAAUACAUGCAUUUUAAGUAUUAUACAGAUGCCAAAAUGAAUGUUCUUGCGUGUCUGUCCUUACAUUGUAAAUCCAUGUAUAUACCUUGAAGUCAUCCCCCUCUCAAAGAGGGCAUUGCUGCAGUGGCAUUAAGCAUCACGAACUCAUCAUCAUCACCAAUCCAGCAUUGACCUUUUUUUCCCCCUUGUUAUUGGUUAAACGUUUUUAUGGAAAUACUUUUAAAAUAUGUUUUUCAGUACGUAAGAGAAACAUUAAGGGAUCAAUUAAAUGUUUGAAGCUACUGAUAUGAUUGUAGGAUUCCAUGUACAAUGAGUGAUUCAACGAGGUUCUAGUUUAUGAGGGCGUGGUCAAAGCGUUUGCUCAUCACGCCAAAGAACUGGGUUCGAUUCUCGACAUGGAUACAAUGUGUGAAGCCCAUUUCUGGUGUCCCCCGCCGUGAUAUUACUGGAAUAUUGCUAAAAGCGGCUUCAAUCCAUACUCACUCACUCACUCCAGUUUAUGAUGUGCUGAUAACUAUUGGUAUAUCAUGUCAGCCUGUUCACCGAUUGGGCCUUGACCAGACAAACCCGGGGUCAGUGGAGUGACCAUUGUCAUCCAUCAUCUAGGAAUGAUGACAAUCAGAGCAAGGAAAUAGCUAGACCAGCUCAGAGACUGAAAUUCAGCCCAAAGUCUUCAGAAACGUCAGUGAAAUGUCCCAGUUUAUGUUAUAGUGAUAACUAGUGUAAUGGCCUUGCAGAGACAAUCUCAUUCAAAUCAGAUCUUAGUUCUCAUAUUGCUAAACAAAGGUCUGAGGACAUCCCAUUACGGGUCACGUCAGAACAACCUUUCAUCCGACCAUUCAAAGAGUCACUUACCAGAUCAUGAAAGUGACAUUCGGAAUGUGUUUUCUAAUCAUGAAACCUCGAAAAUGUUAACAGUUACGGCCUGUACGACUGAUGCCGUCAAAAUUAUCGUCUAUCUCUCGCUUCCAUUAGAUAAACAUUUGAACAGAGGAGGCGUUGCUCAGUACGUGGGAAGCACUGCCAUACAAUCUCAACCAUAUAUUACACAUUCAGGAAUUGUUCAGUUUUCAAAGUUUUAAUCGAGAACUGUGCCUACAUAUUUUACAAGCGUAGUCUGAAAUGGAAGUCGCCAGGUUGAAACGAGUGCCGUAAACCUUGAGAAGGCUGCUUUCUCAUUGGCUGAUGUCCACUUCUUGUUAGUCAUUUCAGUGGUCUGUCAAAGUUCGCGAAAGAUCGUUCAAGCAUGAAUGAAAGAAAGAAACUUAGAUCUGAUUUAAAUGAGAUUGUUGCAGAGGUGACUGAUACCCAGACCAGUGAUGAGGUAGAUGCUUUAAUGUUUAGUGUUACAUGAUUAUUGAAUGCAGCAUUAAAAUACCUCUGAAAUUUAAGAACCAUGUUUUUAAAAACAAUAGUUUCAAACGUGCCUAUGUUGGAUACCAAAGAAAAAUUUUGAAGUGAUUAUCAUCUGUGCAUUAUAAUACUUCCCUUCAAAUGUAUAAAUGUAUAGCAGUUUUGUAAACUAUCAUCAAGGAUCAUUUUGUCCUGUCUGUUGUCAUGUUAUUUUUAGUUUGUUAUGAUUAUGACAUGUUAUUAAUGUGUAGAUAAACAUUUUUUUGUA